AGUUGCAUGCACUGCUGCCACACAUCCAGUCGCUUUUGACGCCCAGAUUCCUCCCAUCAUGGGUCUACCAGUUUACGCAGGGAACGGGGCUAUCGCGUGUUUAACACCAGGACCCAAUCUUGUAUUCCUCCAAUCAGCCCACAAACUGCACUUUUGGGACUUGGUUCAGGAAUAUGAACUCUACCUUUUGGGGUAACGCAAAGCCGAGGUAGCGGUUAUCACCAUGCAUCAGUGGAGUAUGUUUGUUAAUGAAGUUUGGGUGAUCGUUUCGUGCUGCUUUGAAUUUGUAUGUUGCACUCCUUCGAGUAGGAGCCCCAAGUUUGUUAGCCACGAAUGGCAUGGGCGUUGCUAUCAAAGAUGUUCGUUCUCGUGGACCACUGUAUGCUACCAGUUAACGUCCAAAAUGUUUCACCGGCUCACCAACCCUGACAGAUGGCAAUGCGGCUCGUGCAUACACAAACCUCAACCAAUUUCCCCCCUUUUCCUCCACCUACGCCUAGCCAACUUAAAUCUCAGGAACUUAUCAUGGAUAUAUUCCAGUGUCGCAGAUCUUAUGGGUCAUAGGCAACAUGCAGAGUGCAUUGACUGCAGCCUGGAGCUCAUAUCAACUCAUGCUCUAGCGAGAUUUGUUGUUGUUGACAUUAGACUUUUACCUUUUAGAUCUUGCAUUGCUUUUCCGACGUUAUCACCAUCGACAUCACAUGUAACGCUUUACUCUUGGCAUUUUCUUGCUUCUUGAUCACACGAACACUGUACAUGUCUUUUUCCCGGUUUCAUUACCUAAUCUCAUAGUCCUUCGUAUAUAGUUCCAUAUCACACUUCAGUCUUACUGAGCGUGUUUCCCCGCUAGUUCUACUAACGCGUAUAUAAAGCUGUCAUCAUGAAUGGAGCAUUG